AAUAUGAAGAAGGCUAACAAACUCUUCAAGCGCGCCGUGGAGCUCGGGGAUUCGGGAGCCAUGGUGAAUCUUGGGAUUUCAUACGAGCUCGGCCAGGGCGUGAAGCCGGACCGAAAUAAGGCGAAACGGCUGUAUCGAAUGGCUGCGGACCGUGGCAGCGCGCAUGCACAAAAAAACCUUGGACUUCUUCUUCUUCAAGACGGUGAUUAUGCGAGUGGUUUUGGAUGCAUGAAAGCAAGCGCUGAACGCGGGUUCGCCGAGGCAGAGGCACUGCUCGGGAUGUGCUACCUUAGAGGCAACGGCGUGGAAGUCGAUAUCAACGAAGGCCAGCGCUGGUUGAGGCGCGCGGCCGCCAAGGGCGAGGAAUACGCCGUCGGGAUUCUGAAAUCUUUCAAUGAAUUGAAAGAGCUCUCUUUACAGGCUGCAUAG